UUUCAGCCUCUAUGCGCACAGAGCGAUGCUCUGCAUAAACCCCCUCCUUCUCCUUCUCCUCCACAGUGCCUCAACUAUACACAACAUAGUGAAAGAAUAAUCCAACUCACAAUGACAAGUCCAGUCAGUGGCAGGCCGCUGCCAUCCAGCUUUGAUGAGAAUGAAGAGUUUUACAAUGAGAGCGGUCUUCAAAAGGUUCUGCGCCGUAUGAAGCAGGAACCUCUGGUCCCCCUCGGAUGCCUUCUGACCGUCGCCGCCUUCACCAACGCCUACCGCGCCAUGCGCAAAGGCGACCACCACCAAGUGCAGCGCAUGUUCCGCGCGCGUGUCCUGGCCCAGGGCUUUACGGUCGCCGCCAUGGUCGCAGGAGGCCUGUACUUCGGAGCCGAGCGUCACAAGGAGCGGGAGACGUGGAAGCAGCAGCAGGAGGAGAAGGCAGAGGAAAAGCGCCAGAAGUGGAUCCGCGAGCUCGAGGCCCGCGACGAGGAAGAGAAGGAUCUGCGCGCGAUGCUAGAGAGGCGCAAGGAGAAGAAGAAGGCUGCCGAUGCCAACGCCGCCAGGGACAACUUCCGUGCCUCCGAGGCGAGGAGGAGUGAGGCCGAUGCGGCACUAGCGGGUGACUCGCCGAGCAGCACGGGCAGCUCGGGCUGGGGGCUUCCUGGAUGGUUGGGCGGCGGCUCAAAAUCCCCAGUUCAAGAAAAGGACGAGACUUCACGGCCCAAAUCUGACUCUGGUCCGUCCCAGAAAUGAUACCCCCCGAUCUCGACCUGGCAACCAUCGGCGAAACCCGGUCUCGCUCGAACUGACGAGACGCCACGAG